AUGAGAGCUCUGUCCGAAUCCUUUUCCAACCAAGACACAACGCCACUGGUACCCAUUCAGCCGGAGACCUUGCAAAGGGAAUGGCGAGAUUUGAAUCGUGCGUUGGGCGCUCUUAUAAAGAAGGGUAUUCCGGUCGUGGAAUGGGGAAAUUCUAUAAUGCAUCGAUGGGGCUUGGUAGAGAUUCGUCCGGGCGUUGAAUGGGGAAUUCCUGACAGUCUCUGUCAACUUGCUUCACAAACUCUCGUUGAGAAUGACUUCCCAGUGGCCCCAGAGCGAGAAAACUUUGACCGAUACAUGGGUGGAUGGAUAGAACUGUGCACCUCCCAUGACAGAUAUCCUACUGGUCAAGAGCAGAUACACCUUUACCGCCUUUCAACUCUACGAAUUAGUUACGCUCAGACGGUGUGUUCAACCUUCAACUUCGAUCUGCCGAUCCUUACCCCGUGUCCCAGCGAGUAUUGGACUUCACUGGUUUCUUACCUUCAAGAACUCGAUUCUCAUGACCCGAAGCUAUGCCGCGUAGAAGGUGAUCUCGGGGCUUUCAUUAGCCGUCCUUGCGAUGGCCCCCCUGCCAACACGCAAUACUAUAGUGAAGAGGAGGAGGAGCUUGCGGAUAGGGAGUUUGAGGAAAGCAUACCUAUUGGACAGGCCAAGUUGGACCACUGGCAUUGGCACAAUGACCCAAAUGGAGAGCAUCUCCGGAGGGCUAAGCGGAUUGUUAGUCGUCCAAUCUGGCGCCGCUGGUUGGGGCUAUUGGCACACAUAUUCCUCGAAUUCAUUGAGGCAAAACCGACGGUCGAACAUCAACAAUGUGUUGUUGUGAGUGCUGCCAUGAUCGGUAUGGCCUGGAUAUAA